GGGGCGAUAUGUGCACCCUGAACCUCGGCGUGCUGCGCUUCUCCCUCACCGCCAGAUACACAGGCAACAUGGCGCCGUCCAAGAAGCCCAACGUGAGCAAGAGCGACACAGAAAAGAGCCAGACUUCACCUAAACAAACCAUCAGCGCGAAAACAGAGCUCAUAUUACAAAGCAGAAAGCAUGCAAACAAUAUAUUCGACCUGCUGGAGUACCUACAGUCUGAAAAAGAGAAAGAAGUCGUUUGUGCUAUCAACGCCUGUCAGAGGUUAUUCUGCGAGUUAUUGGAGAGAGGAGAGCUGUAUGUUGGGCAGCUGCCAAAAGAAGAAGAGCUUCUCCAAGGUGCCUGGAAUGCAGAUGAAAAAUACCACAUGUUUAUAAGACACCGCUAUAACAGCUGUAUUGAGCUGCUCCUGGAGAACAUCGGCCAUGAAUCUUACCAAGUAAAGGAGAGUUCGCUCUGUGCUGUUAUGAAGUUUGCAGCAGCCGAGGGGAAGCAUCCUUUGCAGAAACAGGACUGGAGUCAGCAUUACAGUUUUCCCAAAGAGCUUAUAUCAAGACUGGUAUGGGCUUUGCUCUCGGAGAAACAGGACAUGGCUCUGCUGAUCUCCAGGUUUCAGGAGUUCCUAGAAAUGGACGACGUGCGCUACUACGUCAUGAAUUCGGCACGGGACAACAUGCACAGAGUGAUGGAGCGAAACAAACGGGCCGAGAUGUCCGUCUACCAAACCAACGUCUUCACGCUGCUCACGAAUAUCACCGUGCCAAGCCAGAAUUCAGAAAUCACCAACUUCCUGGUCAAGCAGGAGGCUAAAUAUGAGGACUGGAAAGUGGCCAAGUUAAAAGAACACAAGCGAGCGUUUGAACUGAUGUGGUUGACGUUCCUGAAGUACAAGUUACCCAUGAGCAUGUAUAAGAAGGUGCUGGUCAUCCUGCAUGACUCUAUUCUGCCUCACAUGAGUGACCCCACGCUGAUGAUCGACUUCCUGACUGCAGCGUAUGACGUCGGUGGUGCCAUCAGUUUACUGGCUCUGAAUGGCCUAUUUGUCCUCAUCCACGAACACAAUCUAGAGUACACUGAUUUUUAUAAGAAGCUGUACAACCUGAUGGACCCUUCUAUAUUCCACGUGAAGUACAGAGCACGGUUCUUCCACCUGGCCAACAUCUUCCUGUCCUCCAGCCAUCUCCCAGUCUACCUCAUAGCAGCGUUUAUCAAGCGGCUGUCUCGACUCGCCCUGACCGCUCCCCCGACCGGGUUGCUCAUAGUACUUCCCUUUAUUUGCAACCUGAUUCGCAGACACCCAUCGUGCAGAGUUCUCAUCCACAGACCCAGCGCUGACGGCGAGAUGUGUAGUGAUCCAUAUGUGCUGGAGGAGGAGGACCCGGCCCAGUGCCAUGCUCUAGAGAGCAGUCUGUGGGAAAUUAAGUCUCUACAGAAUCAUUUCCAUCCAGAUGUUUCUAAAGCAGCCAAAGCGAUAAACCAAGCUCUCCCCGAGCGUGAGGAUGAUAUCAGCGAACUGCUCGAACUGUCCACUUUUGAGCUGAUGGAGCGAGACCUGAAGAACCAAAGCCAGUCGGUGCCACUCGAGUUCGAUUCAGUCACCGGCCUCCUUCAGAGUCCUCGAGAAGUGCUGGGGCUCCACUUCUCUCUGGAGUAACUAAUACAAUAUAUAGAUCUCUAAUACCUCUUUUUUAUUAUUACUGUCUUUCUUUUCAUUUACUAGCUUCACAACAUUGAGAAAAAGAAAUAGAAUUAAAAAAACGAUAUACAAAGUAUUUGUGACUGAAUCUCAAAUAAAAGUCUUGAUAAGAACGGGAA